CAUAUUUAUAUAAAUUGGGUGGGAGAUGAAUCUAUUAGGGUCCACGCCACGACGCGACACCAAAAAAAUAAAAGAAAAGAAGAAGUAAAGCUGUGAACAGAUUAUUUCUUCCAUAGCAGUGGAUAAAAGCCGUAUCUUUCAAGUCAGAUCAGUUCAAUAUCAGGUCUGGAUUUGCGAAAAUGGUAGGGCCGGCGAGACCUCUUUUUGUGCUUUUUGGUUCUUCCAUUGUUCAAUUUAGCUUUGGCGAUGGUGGAUGGGGUUCUAUUCUUGCCAAUUUGUACUCUCGUCAGGCAGAUAUCUUGGUACGCGGCUAUGCUGGUUGGAAUUCUAGACAGGCUUUACAGGUUUUGCAUCAUCUCUUUCCAAAGGACAGUCCCAUUCAACCUUCAUUGGUAAUAGUUUACUUUGGUGGCAAUGAUUCUGUGCUUCCGUUCCCUUCUUCUAAGAAACCUUGUGUACCGCUUUCUGAAUAUGUUGAGAACAUGAAGAAGAUAGCCAUUCAUCUCAAGAGCCUCUCAGAGAAAACCCGAGUCAUCUUCCUUACAGCCCCGCCUGUGAGCUAUGAUCUAAUUAAAGAAAAACUGAGCCUGGAGCAAGCUGAGUGUCGAACAUUGGAGUCCUGUCGUAAAUACGCCGAGGCUUGUAAAGAACUUUGCAAGAAGAUUGACGUGAAAUGCAUAGAUGUCUGGUCUGCAAUUCAGAAGAGAGAUGAUUGGCUCACUUCUUGCUUCACGGAUGGGGUUCAUUUAACAGCAGAAGGAAGUGAGAUAGUUGCAGAGGAAAUUUUGAAGGUUUUAGAAGAGGCUGAUUGGGAACCAAGUUUGCACUGGAAAACAUUGCCAAUUGAAUUUGAUAUUCCAAUUGAACUAUCCCCUAAAAGAUGCAGGGACAAAAAGAAGAAAAACAGGCUAGGCAAUAGAUGGCCACUUUUGGAUUCCAACCUUCCACAAUAAUGGGCUCACUGUUUGGGCUCAGCCCAUACCUACAGUUUAUUGGGCUUCUUUAUUGAUCAAAAUAAAUAGCCCAUCACAAUUCAAAUGGGGUCAUUGCAUCUGCAUGUACGCGAGUGUCAGACUGCGUGUCAAAACUAUUCUAAAUAAAUUUUAUUUUCCUUUUAAAAUGCUUUCAAAUGAUUAAAAACCUUUAACUUUUCAAAAAAGUUAAAAUAUCAUUUUCCAUAUUUAGAAAAAAAAAACCUUUGUUUUUCUAUUAAA